UGUUGAUGUUCUUGGUUUGGUUCUUUCACUUCGACAAUUUUCAGAUCGUGCAUUUUAGUAUCAAGAUGCUCUCGAAGAUUCGGUGUUGUCGGCCUAGUAACAAACAUGAAUCUAUACACAGACAAGUUACGCUUACGACUCUACUCCACCGUGCGCAGAAAAUUAAUCGUGGUGAUCGUGCUAAUCAAAUUCAAAGUCCAGUCUGCAUCGUGGUGCUGGUCAGCGCCAGACUGAUGUUGCACCCUGCUGAUGUCGUGCGCACCUUUUCGUCAACAUUAACAUCGUCUCAGUGUAGUACUUACUCGGCCCCCCUCGUUGUUUCUGCAGGACCCGAUGAAAGAUACAGCCCCACUACAAAAAUACAGACUGCCAUUUUGUACACAUGAGGUGAUUUCGUUUUAGACGCGAUACCAGUAUAAUGAGAUCUUCUACUUGCAUCGGUAUUGGCGUACGUAUUCACGUUUAGUCUCUAGUUCAUCGAUCUAUCCACGCGACCAUCGGAAUAGACUAGCACGGCGCGGCUUCAGGGUCGGAAGACGGUCACUCCAGAGAAAGAAGAUGCCCCGUGGAGGGCGUCAAACCCGGCACCACGCGGGCCCGGAUAUGGACGAGCCCGAAGCGGCACCUAGUUCUCCUUCUGAAUGUGAGGAGGAGCCGAUCGGGGUGCAGGUCCUGGAAAGGCAAAACGGGUCCCGAAGAGUCGCCGGGAGUAGAAGUUCCUUCUACAGGCCAACCGCGAGUGCUCCAAGCGAGCUGGAUGAAUCUUUUUCGCCUGCGCCAAGGACCAGCAAAAGCACCGUGACGCAACUAGAAGCAUUUCUGGACGAAGAUGGGAAUACGUAUGGGAUUGGGAACAUCAAGACCAAAACGGGGCAUAUCGAAGGUGUGAAGAAGCUGGAUGAAAACAACACCCAGGACCAUCUAGCAGCACUAGAAAAUCGGCGUAUUCUGACCCGGCACCUGAUUUCCGACUUUUUCCUGGAGGACUUGGGUGUUUUCCUGGCCGACAACCUAAGCACGCUGCAGUCGUUGGUGAAAGUUGGACGGCGGCACCGGCCCACGGACCUGGAGUUUUUCCUGAACCAGUCGCACCAGAUUUUCCUGCGCGCGGUCCGGCAGGGCCUGAAAACGGAGCUCUCCCGGCGCCAGUGGCUGAUGUGUUCGUGGCUGGCGAUGGCGGGCUGCGAGGUGGCUGCGAAUUUGAAAUCGCAGAAACAGUUCUAUCAGAGAUUUCGGGACGACGAGAAGCGGGAGAGAUUGAUCGAACAACAAAUGGAACUCACGGAUUCCAUCGCAUCGUCCUCCUCUGAAGACGAGGAGGACGGUGAUACGGAUUACGAAACUUCCUCGAGCGAGGAAGUGCGGCGAGAAAUCCGGAGACAGCAAGCAGAGACGGCAGAACUCACGGCAGAUGUGGAAGAAACCGACGCAAUGAACGCCGAGGCAAAUUAUAGUGCUGCACAGAAUGGCGUAGAUGUAGGGGCAGAUCAACAAGAGGAAGCGGGUGAUGAUGUAAAAAGCAAGAGGAACGACCAGCAGGAGAACGAUGAAGAUGAUUCGUCGGAUGGUAAUAAUCAAGACGACAGCACCGGAGGCUCGAGGAUUGUGGUGACCGCGAAAACUACGAAUAGUCCAUCUACUGUGGCGGCUCAAGAAGAACCGCAUCAAGCAGUAAUUAGGGCCCCAAAGACAGUCGCACAACUGGUGAAUGAGCCACCGCCAGGUGCAGCAGUAACAACAAGUUCUUCCGAUCAUUUCAACAAAAAUAACGAGAAUGUUUUGAAAAAUGGCGAUCGGAUCAAGAACGAAGCUGCGUCGGCCGAGAAAAGCGACGCAGACAUCGGUAAUGAAGUACCAAAUGAUCGCCCAGCAAAAGCUACCUCCGCAGCAAACGCAGUAGAACAGAAACAGCAGGACGCAAACAAGAAAGUGCCUCUUCCGACCGUGGCGCAGCUACGGGAGGUCAUAACGCGGCGGCACCAGGUGCAGGGGCUCGUGAGCGACACGGCUGCAACUACCGUAACUGCCGGACAACCUCGCGUCUACAAGGAAAACGGGUGGGUCCCCCGGUGGUCACCGAGCCCGUUGCUGGCACCCUUGGCGCGGCUGGAUUUGAUCCCCGGCAUCGCGUACGACAAGCUGCACGAGCAGAACUCCAAAUGGCUGAACACCUACGGCGAAAAACAGUGCUUUUCCUGGAUGGAAGACGGGUUCAGUGUGAAGGACCGCGUGGAAACGGUGAAAAAGAUCUACGCGAAGCUGUACACGCGGAUCCAUGAACUGCACCGAAGCUACCGCCAGAUGCUGGCCUCGAGCAACGCGAGCAACGAUGCAAGCAGCGGUGCCGAGGACGUGCGCUUAUUUCAGAAACAGCUAGAGAAAAACACGGUGGUGCACUGCCUGCUGCGCUCCUUGAUUUGGAACCAAAUGGCGGUCUAUCAUGUCGCGAAGGUUUUGCAAAAGUGCAACGACCUCCCCAGGUUCGAAUGAUCGAAGUAGUGUUUACCUAUUUGGGAGGCAAAAAUGCACCGCAAAACGUUAUCCUUGUCGACGAAAAACUACAAAUCAUCAGCUGGUUGAUCUCUGCAGGAGCAGAUCGGCGAGAGUUGCGGCUCUG